CUGCUACUUCUGACGAGAUUCGCUUCUCCGACAGAGAGAUGAGUAUGAGAGUGUUAAGUUUUCUGAAGCAAUGGCGUGGAACAGCAAAAGAAGCGUUCGAGAAUGUAUCAAUCGUCGCCAAGUUUCUCUGCUUGCUUCAUGUCACUGAUCGUUACAUAAUCUCCACGACUCAUGUUCACGGUCCGAGCAUGCUUCCGACGCUUAAUCUAACAGGCGAUGUAAUUUUGGCGGAACAUUUAUCACAUCGGUUUGGUAAGAUUGGGCUCGGUGACGUUGUAUUGGUUCGAUCUCCUAGAGACCCAAACAGGAUGGUGACAAAGCGAAUCUUAGGUUUAGAAGGCGAUAGACUCACUUUUUCUGCGGACCCAUUAGUCGGUGAUGCUUCAGUGAGCGUUUUGGUUCCAAAAGGUCAUGUUUGGAUUCAGGGAGAUAACUUGUAUGCUUCGACUGAUUCACGUCAUUUUGGACCUAUACCUUACAGUCUCAUUGAAGGAAAAGCUCUUCUUCGGGUCUGGCCACCAGAAUACUUUGGGUCAUUGAGAUGACAAUCAUAUACAUACACAUUCAGGUAAUCAGGCUGUCUCUCUGCAGUAUCGGUUUCGUCCGCAAAAAGAUGCGUUAAGAGAUUACACCAGCGAUUUUGCUGCACUGUAACUCAUCCGAGUAAUGUAUCAUUCAAAGUUUGAUAAGAUCAUGAAAGUGGGAUAAGCAUUCCUUUUAGCCUCCUUUUCGGCUCUAAUAGAGGAAAGCCAUGGUC